GUACAUCUGCAUUUAUUACCAAAGAUAUCUUACAAGCAACGGACAUUGAUUCAAAUAACCGCAAAUUACGGUUCAUAAUCACCAAAGACCCUGAGAUGGGUAAACUUCAAUUGGUUAAGAGGGGAGUGACUCAAGAUAUCAGUAAAUUUGGAGUUAAGAACAACUUCAAACAAGCUGAUAUUGAUGAUGGAUUUCUCAAGUAUACCCAUGAUGCAUCAGAGCCUUCUGGCUUAGUUGUCUUCAAAUUCAAUGUCGCAGAUGAGGAUGGCAACGAACUUAUUGAUGAAUCAUUUCGCAUUGAUGUUUAUCUUGAUCAUAUGCCACCAAAGGUGAUUACCAACUUAGGUCUUACCGUAGUGGAAGGCUCUCAGAAGCUUAUCACUACCAGCGUUCUAUCGGCCACCGAUACUGACAGUCCACCUGGCCAGUUGACGUACUUCAUCUCAAAUGGGCCCACAUUAGGGCAGCUGGAAUUCACCAGUAUUCCCGGUGUGCCUAUCAUCGCAUUCACUCAAGCUAACUUAGCGGAGCAGGGUGUGCUGUACGUCCACACCAGUCCCGAGGAACUCUAUAUGGAUAGUUUUGUGUUCACAUUAAGUGAUGGAACAAAUGAGGUUACACUGACGUUCUACAUCAGCAUCAUACCAGUUGAUGACUCUCUUCCAUUGCUAAGUAACAUGGGGAUGCGUGUCCAGGAAGGAAUUCGUAAAACAAUCACUGAAUUUGAACUGAAAGCUGUUGAUCUAGACACAGAG